AUGGGGGCUGCGCGGCCCGACGGACAGACACCGUCUGGGACAACCGAUCUCUCCAACGUGUCGCAUCAACCGCUGGCGGCGGCGCCGCGGGACGCGUCGGAGGCUACAUUCAACAGCUUGGCGGUUCCCAGUGUCGGAGCGCUGGCAGCACCCGAUCAGAUCGAAUCAAAUCCAGCCGGCGGCCGCGGUCUGCGCUUCUACUAUUUCUCCUUCCCCAACGGUGUGUGCGGCUUCUUUCAAGCCAACGAACAAACCAGUUUGGGAUCGACCCAUGAUGCAUCUCAGCCUGAGCCUACCAUUGGCUCCAGCCCGGGGUCCGCCAAUGUCUAUUCUUUUCCACACAGUCAUGCCGCGUCAGCGGGUGUCAGAUCAUCCGGUGAUGGGUCAUGGGCAGAGGCGUGUGGUGGCCUGUCCGAGCAGACUGCUGCAUGGGUUAGCGUGGGGGGUCAGGGACUCCCUGUGAGGAGUGACUCAUUGCGGAUUGCGGAGGGAGGGGUGCGCAUUGCGGAAGGGCAAGGUGGAGAGAUCCAGAUCACCACAACGCCCACACAACCGCCGGUGCCGCCGGAGUUUAGCCGUCCACCCUACGCUCCUCUCGGUGAUAUCGGGCAUGACCAGCCCGCAGUGGCAACAGAGUCGCCAUCGUUUCACGUUGCUGCUGCUGAUACAAUGGAGAUGGCCCCUGGAGGGAGCGGCUGUAAUGCCAUUGUGCCUUUUGAACCGGCCACUCAAAUGCUUGAGAAUGACGCUGAUGUGAACGCCGACUUUCACCACCUGGUGGCGCCUCACCAGAUGCCUGUUUCCUCCAUCACCCCUGCCGCUCCCGAGGACUUGCACGGUACAAGUGUGGCAAGUGAUACCUGCCAGCACAGCAGGCUUAAGGUGGCUGAACCGGGCCGGGAACCUGCUGGAGUAAGCGGCCUGCCCUUUGCUGAUGUGCUUGCUACCACUCUGGAGGCGCAGACCGUCACCAAAAGCCUCCUUACCCCUUGGAAAGCUCAGCAGCUGCUUGCUGCUGCUGCUGCUGCUGCUGUUGGUGCUGCUGGUGGUGCUCGUGCUGCUGCUGGGACGAACGGGCCCCAUCGUUCCACAACGGUGGACUCUUCAUACUUGCCUGGCUCCCCAGACGCUCCCCACCCCUCACACUACCUUGUACAAGCUUCAAAACUUCCUGACACGGACUCUCCAAUCACCAGAGGUGCUGCAGCCGAUGCUGCAGCUCCUUGUGCUGUUUAUUCUGCCACUCCGUCUGCAGCUGAUGCUGCCGCCGUCGUUGCCGCUGCUGCCGAUCGCACUGCUGGUGCUGCUGAGUGCACGAAUGCAGAAAGCUUGUUCCUCGGUGGGUGCGAUGACUUCACCUCCCUGUUGCUCAUGGAACCCCUCAGCCUCGUUGACUCGCUGUCGCUCCCAUAUCCCUUCACCACCUUGGACUCCUUGCCUCCGGGCGUAAACAUGCAAAGGGGAGAUUCCCCGAGAGGGGAUAAGCUGACGAAUAUUUUCUCGGCGGCUGCGCAAGCAGCAGGUUAUGGCGGAGAGGGAUCAUCAGUGGGGCAGGGCGGUGAUGCGGAGGUGGGAGAAGGGCUGCCACAGGCGAGUUUGGACUUUAUGGCUCAGGAGGAGCUGUUUCAGGCGCUUCUGCUAGAGGAGGCACCAGAGAGCGCCACCAAGAGGUUGUUGAGUGCUAUGUGCAGUGUGGAGAUGCCUGCAGACCAGCCUGGUGAAUCAUCUGAGCAUCCACCUGCUGGAUCAGCCAUGAAACAACCUGGAGAUCCAUCUGAAGAUCCACCUGGAGAUCCAACGGUUGGAACAGGGGCUUCCCUUGGUGUGGGCGGAAAUGAGGUGGUUUUGAAGACGCCCGGAAUGGGUGCUGCUGUGGCGCCAGAGGAAGGGAGGAAAGAGGGGGGCAAGCAGCAGAAGAAGAGGAAGAAGACCCAGAAGAAGGCUGAGACGGCGUCAUCAAUGCAGGGUGGGCAGCAGGAUGCUGCAGCUGUGAAGGUGGCCUUCCCUGAAACCACGAGCACCCCAGUUGCUGAAGCAUGCGUGAUGCCAAGAAGCACUGGUGAUUCUAGUGAUUCCGGGGUUGCACCUGCUGUGGCCGGGAGUGAGGCAGUUUUGAAGACGGCUGUGGUGGGUCCUGCUGCGGAUCCAGACGGGAGGGAGGAGGAAGGCAAGCAGCAGAAGAAGAGGAAGAAGACACAGAAGAAGGCUGAGCAGGUGUCAUCAAUGGGGGAUGGGCAGCUGGAUGGAGCUCGUGUGAAGGCGGCGGCCCAGGCCAAGAAAGCAAGGAAGCAGAAAGAAGAGGGGACUGGGAAAUCGGUGGGUGGCGGAGAUAAAGGACAACAUCCAUGGAGUGCGGAGGUGGCUUGGGACGUUUGGCACGCCUGA